GUUGGAGAAAAAAAACUGCAGAUAUAGGUUCCCUUGCUCUUGACCUUGUUAAGAGUCACUACAGCCCCCAGAACUACUGUCACACCAGAGUGUCACACCCAGAGAGACUACUCAACCCAGUUUGACAGGAUGAAUAUCACUGGAUAUCCUGUUCACACCACAGCAGGGGGGAACACCACAACCAUUCCCUUCAGCUCUGUGAGUGUUGAGAAUGGGAAUUCAUCCAGUUACUCAUAUGAGAACUCAUCCAGUUAUGCAUAUGAGAACUCAUCCAGUUAUGCAUAUGGCACACAUUUUGCAGACACAUUUGAAGUAACCACAUACGACUAUGGUGACUAUGACGAUGGAAUUUGCAAGUACAAGCCACACGGAGCCAGCUUCCUGCCAGUGCUGUACUCUCUCUUCUUCAUCCUGGGGUUUCUGGGGAACGUUCUGGUCCUGUGGGUCAUCCUGCUGGGGGUGAAACUACGCAACAUGACCGACGUGUGUCUCCUGAACCUGGCCUUGGCAGACCUGCUCCUGGUCUGCACUUUGCCUUUCCUGGCCCACCACGCUACAGAUCAGUGGGUGUUUGGUGACGUUAUGUGCAAAGUGGUCCUCGGCGCCUACCACAUUGGCUUCUACAGUGGCAUCUUCUUCAUCACCCUGAUGAGUGUGGACAGGUACCUGGCCAUAGUCCAUGCUGUUUACGCCAUGAGAGCUAGAACACGGAAGUAUGGGGCCAUCGCUGCCGUCGUGACCUGGCUGGCUGGAUUCCUGGCCUCGUUUCCUGAGGCACUGUUUCUUAAAGUGGAGAAACACAACGAGAAAGACAAUUGUCGCCCUGUCUAUGAUGACAGUGCUUUGGUAAUUUUUGGCCUUUUCAAAAUGAACACACUUGGUCUGCUAAUCCCCCUCGUCAUCAUGGGGUUCUGCUACACACAGAUAGUGAGAAGGCUGCUCAGUCGCCCAUCCUCCAAAAAGCAGGCCAUCAGACUCAUUCUCAUUGUGGUUGUGGUGUUUUUCUGCUGCUGGACUCCGUACAACAUGACGUCAUUUUUCAAGGCCUUGGAGUUAAGUGAGGUCUACUCAAGCUGUGAGAGUAGCAAAGCCAUCAGACUCACUCUACAGAUCACAGAGACCAUGGCCUACUCCCAUAGCUGCCUGAAUCCCAUCCUCUAUGUGUUUCUGGGGCAGAAGUUUAGAAGACAUCUCAUAAGACUGAUUAACAAGGUUCCCUGCAGGCUGUGUCAGUUCAUGAAGAACUACCUACCCCUGGACUUCAGAGCCUCGAGGACAGGAUCUGUCUACUCACAGACCACCAGCGUGGAUGAGAGGUCUACUGCCGUGUGAACAGCAACUUAACUGCAAAGACAAAUACAUCUAACAUCACAUAUACUGUUCAUUCCAAAAUAUAUGUAAAUACCAAAUCCAGUUUAAAAUGCAAUCACCUGAAAAUAAUAGGCUCUGAUUCAGGUGCAUGGCGAAGUCAGGAAAUUGUCACUCAUCUCAGAGUUUCACACCAGAGGGUUGAUUUUUACAGAAAUCAACCCAAUCAAUAUACAUUCCACAAACCAUUUAAUUUCCCUUUGUAUAGUAUUUUCUCUAGUAUAGUAUAUCUAUUUGAAUAUCUUUGGCACAUUUUGUACAUAAAUGUAUUACAGUAACUUCAUCCUCUGUUGCAUGUAGCAAUUAUUCAAAUGAAAGUACUGCCAAGAUAAUGUAAUCAAGAUAUACUCAAUGACCAAGAUGUUCCCAUGUGUCAGUGCUAGAGAAUAUGUGAAUGAUGGUGCCACCACAGACCAAUAUUUCUUACUCCUGUUAGCAAUCUCACCACAGAGUGAGAGACACUGCUUGUGCCUUACAAUGUGUACUCAAAAUCUAAUCCUAAUGUGAUUCACUGCAGUAUUGUAACAUGUUUUAUAUAACAUGUUUAUAUAUCAUUAUAAUGGGGAUGCAGAUGACAUUUAGACUUUAACACAUUUGCCUGAUUUACUUGCUAUGAUAUUUAAUACUUAAAACAGCGCUCUGCACAGAAGCACACACCAACCUUAAACCAACCUUUUUUUUCUUGAAGUGAGUCAGUAAAUACGCACAGAAGUGCAAUACAGGGCUGACUCUAGCAUUUUGGGGGCCCUAAGCAAGAAUUAGUUGGAGGGCCCCAAACCUCGCAACAAAAUAUUUUAGUGGCCCCCAAAAUGUGGAAACAAUUGUUUUUGUUUUAAAGUUAAUUUCAUGCAAUUCUACACAUUCUGCCAUGGUGUGUGAAGAACAUGUCAGUUUUCUGUUAUUUUUCCAUUGUGGGGGGCACAUUUCUUGAAUUUGCGAAUGGGAAGAGAGAAACAAGUUCAUUUUAAAGCAAAUUUCCUGCAAUUCUACACAUUUUGUAAUGAUUUAUGCCAUGCUAAUAUCAUAUCUGAGUGAGAAUGACUAAAACCUAUGGGGGCCCCCUGGAGGUCAGUGCCCUGCAUGCCCGGUCGGUAUUCGGCCAUGAUUACUACAAAUUUAGAUAGCUGGCUAGACUAACUAUCCAAAAAUUGGUAGCUGACAUGGCUAAUUGAGUGAUUUUCAGUGACUGACAUAACAAGAGACAUUAUUUUUUUAAUUGGACCUGCUGUAUUCUACUAUUGUUAUUCUCAAUAUUAAGUUGAGGCCAGAGUUCCUAAAACUUUUUUUAUAUAUAGAAAUAUAUACUGUAUAUAUACAGUGCAUUUGGAAAGUAUUCAGAACCCUUGACUUUUUCCACAUUUUGUCACUUUACAGCUGUCAGACGGUGGGUGUAGCUGGUGCAUGAAGUCAGGUGCAGGAGAGCAGAGAUGAGUGAACAACGUACUUUACUUAAGAAAAAUAGCACAAAGUCACAAUACCAAUGUGUGAACAAUAACGGUUGCCACAAAACACGGGUGAACACAGCACCCUGAAAAAAAACAGCCGGCAACAUACCGACCUAAACAAAAAACAAUCACACAAAAAGACAUGGGGGAAACAGAGGGUUAAAUGCAUGACCAGUAACUGGGAAAUGAAAACCAGGUGUUUGGGAAAACGAGACAAAACAAAUGGAAAAAUAGACCGGCGACAUUGACCGCCGAACACCACCCGAACAAGGAGAGGCAUUGACUUAGGCCGAAGUCGUGACAACAGCCUUAUUAAGUGGAUUCAAUAGUUGUUUUCUUCAUCAAUCUACACAUAAUACCCCAUAAUGACAAAGCAAAACUUUAUUUGUAUUUUUUUGCAAAUGUUUUACAAAUAAAAAAACAUAAAUAAA